AUGGCGUUCAUAUGGCGUCGACGCUCUGCGUCCAUUGUGAAAAUCGUUGCCAUGCUCACCGCCAUCUGGUUCACAGUGGCGUUCUUCCUUUACCACGAUGACUCUUCACAAGGUGGCAGUAGCAAAUGGGACGGCAUGUCGCUGGCGCUGAAAAGUGUUGGUGGUGGCAGUAACGUCGGUGCUGGCGCAGCGCCCCCUAACGCGCUCGACGCUGAACCGGGUAUUUACGAGGGCGGUGGCGGUUUCGGCGUGGAUCGUGGCGGUGUGGCAGCGAAGGAUGGUGACGCGAACUGCGUCGCGGCGGAUGGCAAUUUCGGGUCUGAUCUUAAUGUGGGCGAUGAAUCAGUUCAGAACAAUGUAGUGGUAGAUGCGGUGGCGCAACCAAACGUACUCAUCUAUCGUGGCAAAUUGAUUGCGGGUAAAAAAUCCAGCAAGAGUGGCAUCAAAAAGGUGCAAGGAGCCAGGUCGUUAUGUGGACAAAAUGCCCGCCACCGAUGUCAUCAUCUGCGUACAGUGCACUCUGUGUUGGAUCGCUCGCCGUCGCAUUUGAUUGACGAAAUUAUACUCGUCGACGAUUUCUCCGAUUUGCCACAUACCAAACAACAGCUGGAAGAUUACUUCAGCGCUUACCCGAAGGUGAAGAUACUGCGAGCCCCCAGCCGUGAGGGCCUGAUACGAGCGCGUCUGCUUGGUGCACGCUAUGCCAAAGCGCCGGUGAUAACGUACUUGGACUCGCACUGCGAGUGCACAGAAGGCUGGCUUGAGCCACUGCUCGAUCGCAUCGCUCGCAAUAGCACCACUGUGGUUUGUCCGGUCAUCGAUGUCAUUGAUGAUACAACAUUGGAGUUCCACUACCGUGACUCGGGCGGCGUCAAUGUGGGCGGUUUUGAUUGGAAUUUACAAUUUAAUUGGCAUGCAGUGCCGGAAAAAAAGUAUCACAACGAGGCUAAAUUUAGCUCUAAUUCACCUGAUUACAAUAUGGAGAAAAUGACUGGUAGUUAUACUACCAUCUUCGAUCAUUUCCAUUGGUUUCGCGUGGUCGGACGCCUAUUCAUCUAA